AUGGCGGAUACCAGAGGCCGUCCUACUCUCCCACCAUACCCUGAGAACCCCGAAACUAGGAAAGGCAAGCGCUUAAGCCCUGAGAAAGUCCAGUCCCUGAAGGCCCGAUACGGAAUCGAUAUCGACCCUCCAAGUGCCAGCUCCGGCCCAGCCGCCCCCGAGGACACUUAUCCUAACGAUGGGUGGGUACGAAAACAUGAAACCCUCAACAUCCACUCAGGCUGGUUCGCAUUCCCCGCACCAAUCGUCGAAAACAGGAGUUUCGCCGGCGCAAUCCUCCAUAGCUACCCGGCCUACGGCACAGUCCUUCCAAAAGAUCGAUGCUGGUUCGACUUCUUCGAAGGCGACCGCUGCUGCCUGCGCAUCGGAAUCUUUCGAAACAGGACAGCGAUAACAUAUAACCAGGUGGUGAAUAAUGCAUGGACCGCAGAGGUCUAUUAUGAGCUUCCCGAUGCGCUCGCUGAGGGGCGCGAUUUAGGUCUGAGGGUGUUUCUGGAAGACGGUCAGUUCUGUGUUUCUUGGGAUACUGAGGGGGCAGAUUUGGAUUGGGGCGCCGCUGCGGAUUCCAUGGAGUACCGGGCUGUGCCGGACAGUGCGGCGCUUUUUGGGGAGUCUGUGACGGGUUCGUUUGUUAUGAAGUUUCCAUAG